GAGAGAGGAGAAAGCAAAUUUGUGAAAGAGGAGAUGGAGCAAGGGAGCCUAAACGGUACGUAUGAUGGUAGAGUGAUGACGGAGGAGCAGAUGGAGACUCUCCGUAAGCAAAUCGCCAUUUACGCUAUAAUCUGUGAUCAGCUCGUCCUCCUACACAAUUCGCUCUCUUCCUUCCCUCCUCUCUCAUCAGGGAUGAAUCUGAUGGGAGGAGGAUACUUUGAUCCGAUGGUGGCAUCGUCAAGCGCUCAUGGUAUGUCUACUCGUCAUCGAUGGACUCCAACGUCGAAGCAACUUCAGAUUCUUGAGAACAUUUACAAGGAAGGAAGUGGAACACCAAAUCCACGGAGGAUUAAAGAGAUUGCUGCGGAGCUGUCUGAGCACGGACAAAUCAUGGAGAAAAAUGUCUACAACUGGUUUCAAAACCGGCGAGCUCGGUCCAAACGAAAGCAGCCUCAGACGACAACGGUGACUGGUCCGACCGGUGAUGCGGCUGUGACGACUGAGGAGAGGAGUUAUGGAGAUUCUGGAGGGUUUGAGUCUUAUGAGCAUAUACUCUUCCCUAGUCCUGAUAGAGGGAUUGAGCAUUUGUUGAGUAGGGAGAAGUUUAUGGAGAACAAAUUUCAUACAGGCUGA